AUGGAGAUGGCUGACAAGCUGAACUACCCCAGCUCUGGGUAUCAGCUCAAGGCUAUCACUGGGUUCAAGAUUUUUCUAUAUCAUCGCGAGCACGCCUUGGGAGAUAGUGAAGUAGUUAUCCCGAAGAUUAUUCGAGAUAAUAAAAGUGUUAUUAACUUCCCUAAGACGAACAACAAAUGUGUCUUUCACUGUAUCGCUUUCCACAAGCAUAAUGAUCCCAAAAAGGAUCCACGGAAGAUUCAGUCGUUGGUGAAGCAGGCUUUCCAACAAUACUGUGCAUUCAAGGAUAUUACCUACACCCUCGGUCUGUAUCGAAGCUUCAAGCCUAUUGAUAUUCUACAGUUUGACGAGCUUGAGGAGUGCUUCAAACUAAGUAUCAAUGUCUAUACUAUGGAUAUUGACUCUGGAAAGGUUGACUGCAUUCGUCGAUCCGACAUGGACUACGAUUCGAUCAACAUCCUUUCGCACGAUAAUUAUGCUCAAUACAUUAAGAACCUGGACGUGCUUCAGCGUAAAUAUCAGUGUGCGAAGUGUGAUAUGAUCUUUGUUAGUUCUGAGAAGCUUAAGAACCAUACCAAAAAUAAGUGUGAGCUUGUCAAUGUCGAAUCAUUCCCAGCUACCCCAACGAUUUAUCGCCCUGCUCAGAAUACCAUUGGCUCCCUACUCACGAAGUAUUCUAUCAAGGGUACUGACCAGUACAUUGAUCACUUCAUCGUCUACGACUUUGAGGCUAUUCUCAAGCCUACGGCUACUAAGCACGGGGAAAAUACUGUCUUCACAAGCGAGCACAUUCCGGUGUCGGUGUCAGUAGCCGAUAGCUUAACGGAGGAGGUUCGUUGCUUCGUGAACGAUGAUCCAAAGGCUUUGCUAAAGGAUAUGUUCAACUACAUCAGCGCUAUUGGUGAAAAUAUCCAAAGAUACAAUGUCGAUAAGUAUAAGUCGCUUCUGCAAAAAAUCAUCAAUGCCCACGGUCUGACAGGUAUGGAAGUUCCAGGCGUCAAUCUUGGUAAGACCUACAAGAUGUCUGAUGUCGAGGGUUGGAUCCAACAAGGAAAGUAUGCCAGUUUCUUUGACUUUCAUAGCAGUCUAGGCUUUGGUAAGCUAAGAUCUGAUUACGGGAAACUAAAACAGCAGAUUGAUCGGCUUCAAUUCGGGUCGAUACGAUAUCAACUUGAUCAGGAGCGACUUAUUCGCCGUCAUUGGUACUGA